AUGUCGCUACAGACAAAACCAGAAGCUGCUCCAUACACUGUUCAAAGCUUCGAACUCAAGGAAAUUCAACUUGAUUUGCCUCUAAUACAGUGGCAACAGCUUCAAGGAGAAGAUGCUCCUCAGAUUAGUGUUGGAAGUAAUCAUAAUGCGAUCGAAGAAGCAGUGAAGAGUGUGAAGUCGAUUUUGAGAAACAUAAGUGACGGUGAAAUUUCGAUAUCGGCUUAUGACACAGCUUGGGUUGCAUUAAUCGACGCCGGAGAUAACACUCCGGCGUUUCCCUCCACCAUCAAAUGGAUCGCCGAAAACCAACUCUCCGAUGGAUCUUGGGGUGAUGCUUAUCUCUUCUCUUCUCAUGAUCGUCUCAUCAACACACUUGCAUGCGUCAUUGCUCUAAAAUCAUGGAAUCUCUUCCCUUAUCAGAGCCAAAAAGGAAUCGAGUUUUUCCGAGAAAAUAUUGGAAAGCUAGAAGAAGAAGACGAUGAGCAUAUGCCAAUUGGAUUCGAAGUAGCCUUUCCUUCGUUACUUGAGAUAGCUCGUGGAAUAAACAUAGAUGUACCGUACGAUUCUCCAGUCUUGAAAGAUAUAUACGCCAAGAAAGAGCUAAAGCUAACAAGGAUACCAAAAGAGACAAUGCACAAGAUACCAACAACGUUGUUGCAUAGUUUGGAAGGUAUGCGUGAUUUAGAUUGGGAAAAGCUUUUGAAACUUCAAUGUCAAGAUGGAUCUUUCCUCUUCUCUCCUUCCUCUACCGCUUUCGCGUUCAUGCAGACCCGAGACAAUAAUUGUCUCGGUUACUUGCGCAAUGUAGUCAAACGUUUCAAUGGAGGAGUUCCGAAUGUAUUUCCUGUGGAUCUCUUCGAACACAUAUGGAUCGUGGAUCGGCUACAACGGUUAGGGAUAUCGAGAUACUUUGAAGAAGAGAUUCAAGAAUGUCUUGACUACGUUCACAGAUAUUGGACAGACAAAGGCAUUUGUUGGGCUAGAUGUUCCCAUGUCCAAGACAUCGACGAUACAGCCAUGGCAUUUAGGCUGUUAAGGCUCCACGGAUACCAAGUUUCUGCCGAUGUAUUCAAGAACUUUGAGAGAGACGGAGAGUUUUUCUGCUUUGCGGGUCAAUCAAACCAAGCGGUGACCGGUAUGUUCAAUCUAUACCGGGCAUCGCAAUUGGCGUUUCCAAGAGAAGAGAUGUUGAAAAAGGCCAAAGAGUUCUCUACAAAGUUUCUAAAGCAGAAACAAGAGAAAGGCGAGUUGCUUGAUAAAUGGAUUAUAAUGACAGACUUACCUGGCGAGAUUGGGUUUGCGUUAGAGAUUCCAUGGUACGCAAGCUUGCCUCGAGUGGAGACGAGAUUCUAUAUUGAGCAGUAUGGUGGAGAAAACGACGUUUGGAUUGGCAAGACCCUUUAUAGGAUGCCAUAUGUGAACAAUAACGAAUAUCUGGAAUUAGCAAAACAAGACUACAACAAUUGCCAAGCUCUGCAUCAACUCGAAUGGGACACAUUCCAAAAGUGGUAUGAAGAAAAUAAGUUAAGUGAGUGUGGUGUGAGUAGAAGUGAGCUUCUCGAGCGUUACUACUUAGCGGCUUCGACUAUCUUUGAAGCAGAGAGGUCACAUGAGAGAAUGGUUUGGGCUAAAACAAGUGUGUUGGUUAAAGCCAUUUUUUCUUCUUUUGGGGAAUCCUCUGACUCAAGAAGAAGCUUCUCCGAUCAGUUUCAUAAAUAUACUGCCAAUGCUCAACGAAGUGAUCUUCACUUCAACGGCAGGAGCUUGAGAUUGGACCGACCAGGGUCGGUUCAGGCGAGUCGACUUGUCGGAAUCUUAAUCGGAACUUUGGAUCAAAUGUCCUUGGACCUUUUCAUGUCUCAUGGUCGUGACAUUAACAAUCUCCUCUAUCAAUCGUGGGGAGAUUUGCUGGAUAAAUGGAGAUCAGAUGGAGAUGAAGGAGAAGUAGGAGAGCUCAUGGUGAAGAUGAUAGUUCUAAUGAAGAACAAUAACCUAACUAACUUCUUCUCUCAUCCUCAAUUUGUUCGUCUCUCAGAAAUCAUCAACCAAAUCUAUCUUCUUGGCCAGUCCUUACAGGCAAAGAGAAACGAUGAGAAGGAGAAGACAAUAAGGAGAAUGGAGAAUGAGAUGGAGCAAAUGGUCGAGUUAGUAUUGUCAGACUGUGACAGGUUCCGUGAUGUCAGCAUCACGUUUCUCGACGUAGCAAAGGCUUGUUACUACUCUGCUUCAUGUGGUGAUCAUCUUCAAACUCACAUCGCCAAAGUCUUGUUUCAAAAAGUCUUAUAA